CUCGUUACACCAAAUGCACUCAAAUUCCUCAGCUCUGAGGAUACGUAGAUAUCCAUCCAACUGGGUAUCCUAUCUGGGUAUUCAUCUCGAUACCCAAGUUGUGGAUAUUAUGACAUCCCUCAAUGUAUUUUACCUGUCUGACCUCAGCAACCAAAAUAUUGAAACGCCCUAGAAAUAUGAAAUCUCGCUACAUUCGAAAACCUUUUUCUAAAUACAUUUUGAAAUAUUUCGAUUAGGGUAGACGAUGUGGAAUAUUAAUAGGUUACAUUCUGAUUUUUAAACUAUUAGCUCGUCCAGUUUGUAUCUAGGUGUAGAUUUUUUUGACUCUAAAAGAUAAAAGAUAUAACUCAAACUUGUGCUGACAAUUAGCUAGGACUACUGAGUAACAGCUUAAACUCCAUUCCAGCUAUACAUCGAUGUUUUUCUUUGUAGGGAGAUGUAAUAAUUCUAAAAUAGUCUUGCAAGAUUCUCAAUUAAUCGUUAAAUGUGGGAUUGUUUCUUUUCUCUAUGGAAUCUGCUUAAUUCUAAAAUGAAACGCGUGAAAGUAAGUUUAAAACAUUCAUUGAAAGCAAUGUUCUUAUAGAAGCCACACGUGCCUAUUAUCGUGGUAUGUAAGCAUAAAGUUUGAAAUAGAACAACAUUUUUUAAAGUCUAUAACGCGUAUGAAACGCAAUAAAAUGUGCGAGUUACACGCUUAGGGAGACAUUUGUUUUCAAGUGAGCUUUUAUUGCUUUUUUCAUUCAUUGUGUCUGUUUUAGGGCGUGUAGAUCCUUUUUUUAGAACGGUUUUCUUGUACUAAUAGAUGGCAGCCAUAGAACUGAUUGAUCGAGAUUAACUUCUGGCCUAGUCUUGCCGGGAAAAAAUUGAAAUUAAUUUCUAAUAAGUCAACUAUUUUAAACAUAGAAUUCUAUUUUACAGAUAAAAACAAAUCAGUUACACGAUUUUCAACAGAGAACUUGUGCAACUGCUUCCAGAGCAUUGCCGAUAAUGGGAAAAUGCGAAAUCAUUUGUUUACUGGGUAAUACUGGCUGUGGCAAAUCAAGUGUUUGCGAAUUUAUAAACUACAACAGCAAUAAUAAUGAUAAUACUAUUAUUGCCAUCAAUCGCAGCAGUGAAGAGCUAGAAAUCGAUCUAAGUGCUAUUAACAAGUUAAUAUUUGAAUAUACUUUUGAUGAAGAAAAUUUUAAUAAAAUCAAAUUACUCGAUCAAACUGUUAAGGAACAGCAGAUUUAUUGGAUUGUCUUAGAUUGUGAAGUUGACACAAUUUUAAAACGAAUUCAAACAAAGUUUGCAAGAGGCUUAUUCGAAACACGAAAAGCGCUAAGCUAUUAUCAACAACGUUUUCGUCAUUUAAGUGCUCAUUUUGGACUACCCUUUAUUGAUACAACACAGCUAACGGUGGAACAAGUGUCGGACGAAGUAUCUGAUGUGGUUAAAAAAUAUUCAGAGUACUACCGGCAAUAUCGUCGAAUGGGUACUCAAACAUUAAAUUAUGAUUUUAUUCAAGAACGCGACGUUGAAAAUAAACUUUAUGGAAUAUUGAAUACGUAUGAUUUUGACCUGAUCACACAUUUACCUGAAUAUGCAAAUGAAUUUGAUGAUAUUGAUAAGCGUAAAUUAUUUAUCAAAUGGUAUGUGAACAAUAAUCUGCCAGAGAUUGAUCACAGGAGAAAUAUCGUUAAGAUUGGAGAUUAUGAAUUACCAGCAGUAGGAACACUUCUGAGACUUGUUACUGAAGGUGAAUCAAAAAAAGUUUACAAGGAUGUCAGCGGUAAUCCAUAUACGAUGCAUUUAGCGUUCAUCGUUUUAAAAUCCACAAUCUAUUCUCAUUCAAUGCAAGUUACUGGUGAAAUUAGCAAUUUAAGUUCAGUUCGUGCAUGUGGUUCUCAAUUAUUUUUGGAAAUGAUGUGGCGUAACGGGUUGAAUCAUUCUUAUCGGUCAAUUAAUUGCAAUGGCAUCAUAGUGAGCAACUUCAUUGAUGAAAUACCACCAGUAGAAAUUAUUGUCAAACGAUACUGUGAAGGUACGGAUAAAAAUUCGUUUUAUGAUAUUUUGGAAAAUGAAGAAAUUGUCUUAUCAAAUCAAAAUGGCGAGUAUUUAUGUGGUCCCUAUAUUAGAUUUGAUUGGCGAAAUCCCAAUCAUAUAUCUCCGACAACGCGGAAAUGUUUAAAUAGAAAUCCAUACUAUUAUAUAUAUGAAGAAGCUGUUGGAAAAGAAGUCUUCUUCAAGAAAAUAUUGACAAAUAAACAAUACGCUUUGCCCGUUGGUGAUAAGAAUAUUACUGAAGAUCUAUUAACUCAUGUAAUGAAUACUAAACGAGUAAAAUUAUCGGUAUUAAAAAUGUUUAUGGUCAUUCAGUCGUAUUUUUCGCGUGUUAAUUUGGUGAUUAAAGAUGUUUGUUUUAUGCUUGAUAAGAAAGGCGAACAAUUUUGGAGCGAAGUAAAUCAAGACUGUAUGAGAAUAACGGCGAUGGACAAUAGUCAAAAUAAAUUCGAUAAAGACAUAUGGCGAGCCGGUGGAUUAACAUCGCGUGAGCAAAUCAUGAAGAAAUGGAAUGAUUUCAAUAUUAUAUUUACUGCUUAUUUUAUGAAAAAUAAAUUUCAUGAAACAGAACUUUUAAAUUAUAAUACUUAUUUUUAUACGCAAGAAAUUAAUCAAUUACUAGCAAAUAAUACUUUGAAAAUUCCUCAUAAUUCACGAGAAUUAUGGUUAGAUGUACGCGGUAAGAAUCAAAGACGUGUUCUUGUGACAAUGGAUAUGUAUAAUGGACAACCAGUAUUAGUUAAAAGCUCACAAGUAUGUGAAAUUCACAGUGAUGGAAAUUAUUGGCAAGCAAUAAAAAGCAUUGGCAUUUUCC